AUGUGUCUCAUCGCCGCCAUCAUACAUUUGACCCUUGUCAACCUGUUGAUGACACUGUGCAACGCACUCAAAAUGCAUGCCUACGGUAGCUGCCCCGGUCAUGUUUCACUAUAUGUUAAAGAUUCAAAGUGUGAAUGCGCGAUCAACUUCAUACAAUACAUCGAGACUUACUGCAGCACAUGCCAUAAAUCAAACAAUGAACUGGCAACAAUAUGUCAAGUAUGCAACAAUCAGAAUAUUGACCGCAGCACUGGGGUAUACAGUGCCACGGCUGCAAUCGUCUCCACCCAUCCUGCUCAUCCAGAAAAGACUUGGCAUGCUUAA